AUGAUCACUCUAAGUGAUGAGAGGAGUGUGGAAGAAGCAAACACACAAACAGAACACUUCCAAGAUAAUCCAAAGGAAAAGCAUGAAGAGAGAAAUCAAGAGGAGCUAAAGAAAGAGGAGACUCUGAACCCAUAUGCACCUUUUUCCCAAAGGCUCAAGGGUGGUGUAGCAAGGAGAGUAUAUUCAAGGUUCCUCGACAUGUUUGCAUCUCUUCAUGUGAACAUACCGUUCAUUAAGGCUCUACAGCAGAUGCCCUCAUACAUCAAGUAUAUAAUGGAGCUGCUAACCAAAAAGAGUUCACUGAAGGGUGGGCAAACAAUAGUGAUGAAUAAGGAGUGCAGUGCUCUCAUUCAAACAGAGCCACCUACAAAGAAGAAGGACCCAAGAAGUUUUCACAUCCCCUGUGCUAUAGGAGAAGCAAUGAUUGAUAAGGGACUCUGUGACCUGGGAGCAAACUUUGUUAUCUUGGAGAUGAAAGAGAAUCACAUCCAUCUCAUCAUCCUUGGGAGACCAUUCUUAGCCACAUCCAGGGCACUUAUAGAUAUGGAGCGAGGAGAACUAAUAUUGAGGAUACAUGAUGAACAACUCACCUUCAAUGUCUUCAAACCCUCACAAGAAGCAGAUCAUGAUAACAAAGAGUCAACAGAAGAGCACAAUAAGGAACUGAUGGAAGAGACAAGCACAAGAGCACAAGCACCACACCUGAGAAUCCCUAUGGUUGACAAGCAACGUGGUCAGAAGGAACAACAACCAAGUGUAACCUAA